GAGAGGGAGAGAGAGAGGGAGAGCAAGGGAAAGAAUCUCUUUACUGCCACAAUUUCAUCAGCAUUGAGCUUCCUCAAAGUUAGAGCCAGACAGCACCCUACAAUCACAUUCUAUAUGAAAAAUCAUGAGGUGACCUUGUGUUUAGAGAUCUACCUGUUUUAGGUUAAUGCUGAGGGUCCCUGAAAUUGUUUUUCGUAAAGGGAUGAAUAAGUGAUGAAAUUAUAAUCAGUUAACUUGACAGAAUUUGCUGAUCACAAGAGGUCCCUUGCCCUGCACUGCAUCAGGAUGGGAGGGAGGAUCCUCACCUCAUCCUGGAUUUAAGUUUCGUUUCUGCUCCUCAUUGCUUCUCUCCAUUGCUGCAGCUCGAAGAGAAGGCUCAAACACCACUGACCAUCACAGGUUUACAGAUCAGCAGUCCACGAUGAACCCACUGCUAACCAGACAGCAACAGAGAACAAUCUGCUCGGACAUAGGAAAUGUGAAGCUGAAGCUGUUGUAUAAGGCCAGCAUCCAUGGCUUCACUGUUGCAGUCUUCCACCAGAGAUGCGACAACCACUCUCCGACUCUGUCUGUGGGCUACAAUAGCUCUGGUCAUGUGUUUGGAGGCUACACAGUUCAAUCAUUCAAUCAGUCUGGACAGUACAUGCAUGAUAACACAGCAUUUCUGUUCUCCUUCAAUGGAAAGUUCUGCAAAUAUCCAGUCGUUACUCCUGCAUAUGCAGUGAGAAUGGUUUCUAACAGUGGUCCAUAUUUUGGAGAGGCGCUGGCUCUCAUCAGUGGGAAUCAAAAAGUAGUUUACAGUGCUCCAGGAAAUUAUUACAACUUCAACGCUGAGGAAAUGCAUGGUAACAAUCUCAACCUGACAGAGUGUGAAGUCUACCAAGUGGAGGAAUCUGCAGAACUGGAGAAGCCAUGGAGGACUAUCGUCUGGGAAUCUGAGAAACGGAAAGAGCUGAUGGAGGGCAUUAAAGCUUACAAACCUCUGAUCAGCUCCGUUUCCCAGGUUCGGGUUUUGCUCGUGGGACCAGUUGGAGCUGGAAAGUCCAGUUUCUUCAACUCGAUCAACUCCGUAUUCAAAGGCCAUGUCACCAGCCAGGCCAUAGCUGGCUGCGCAGCCACCAGCCUCACCACUCAGUUUCGCUCGUAUUCUGUAAAAGCUCACCGUGAUGGAAAGCCUCUGCCGAUCAUCCUGUGUGACACCAUGGGACUGGAGGACGCGAAGGGUGCCGGUCUCGACAUAGACGACAUCAUGAGCAUUGUUAAAGGGCAUCUGCCAAACUUUUAUCAGUUCAACCCCACAACUCCCAUGAGUUCAGAGGCGAGCAACUACCGCAAGUCCCCGGAGCUCAAAGACAAGAUCCACUGCGUGGUGUAUGUCAUUGAUGCCUCUAAGAUCUCCAUUAUGUCCACAAACCUGGAGGAGAAGCUGGAUGUGAUCCGCAGGAAGGUCAACCUCCUUGGGAUUCCUCAGCUGAUUCUACUCACUCAAGUGGAUGAAGCCUGUCCUUUGGUGAAAGAGGACGUGAGAAACAUUUACAAGAGUGGCUACAUCAAGGAUUUGAUUCAAGAUAUCAGCUCUCGACUUGGCGUGCCCAUGUCCUGUAUCGUCCCUGUGAAGAACUACAGUGAAGAGUUGGAGUUGGAUGUAAACUGCGACAUCCUGCUGCUCAGUGCCGUUAUUCAGAUGCUUCGCUUUGCUGAUGACUACUUUGAUGAAGUCGGUGACCGGUUGAGCAGCCUUCAAACCAAAGUAGAGUAGGCAGAGUUCCGCAGUAAAUAUGAGGGAAAGAAGGAUCCUCACAGGAGAUCUCUCUCAUCUCUGCUGUGCUGUGUUGUCAGUGUUGUGCUGCGACGGCUACAAUAAUCAUACACAAACAUUUUAAGCUUAGCUCUUAAUGCUGGAAGAUGCAACGUCUUCAAAUUACUUCUGGAAGUUAAAAAUGGAGGAGCAAAAGCUAUGCUCAAAUAUUUAGACAAUGUUUACACUUGUAGUCCGAUUGCCUGAUACAGAACAUAACUGAAAAUACUACUUUUGGUUAAGUUUUUAUGAUGCUGUUAUUUUGUUAUUAUGAUUAUUAAAAACACUUUGGGAAGUAACAAGGUACUUUACUCCACAAAGCAUCACUAUCAUUUAAAGUGGUGGGGGGUAAUUUCUUCAUUUUUUGACAGUAGUGUGGUUUGCAGUGACUCUUCCUGACUGUUAGCAGGUGCAGCGCUCAGACCAAAUUUAUAUUCAUUACAGGUGUUUUCUUUUUCAGUUUCAUGUUUUUAUUUUUGCUCUUUGCGGAAGGUUAAUGAGGCACAAGGUGUUAAUAGAAAGUAUUGUUUUAUCUGUUUGUUCUUUGCUUUCUGGUAUUCUCCAUUGACCCACUUAAUCGCUUGAAAUUAAGACUGAAUACCUGUAAAGUAAAUGUUAUUGGAUGAUAACACUGAAAACGUAAUUCGGAAUCUUGAUUUCUACCAGUGACUUUCUGUACAUGCUACAAACUGGAACCAUUAAACAUUUGUAUUGUACAAGAUGUCGAUGAAUAAAAGCUCUCAGUGUGUGAACAAAG